AUGAGUACCAGGUCCGGGAUCCAUACACUGCAAACCACCGCCAUGUCAAAAACAACUACUGCUACAGCUAGCUUGCCGCCUGACGUCAUUGCCGUUGUUGCCCAGUACGUUGACAGCGACACUCUGGUCGACAUGAGCUGGGUUUGCAAAGACUGGAGAUCUGCCAUUACCGACCAUCACUUCAAAGAGGCACUUCGAGACACAAACCCGCUGUUUCAAAGAAGUCUGACGUUCCGGAAAACCUUCAGAGACUGUGCAUUGACUCACAGGGCUCGAAUGAAGUCUGACAGACGACCUCUGUCCACACCUCUGAGCCUCGAUUGGAGCUUUUGUGAACACAAACAUGACCAGAAGCUUCCCUGGGACUUCUACUGUCUAGGCAAGUUUCGAGCCCAGGAUAUCGAGAACGUCUACUCUGUCUCCUGCUUAGAUACCCACAACUACGGCCUGCAUGACUCAACGCGGUUUCGAGUGGCUCCUCUUACCAUCAACCUUUACAAUGAGCAAUGGUGGAUAGACACCUUGUUUGAAGACGAUGUGUACACGGGUCAGUACGGACUGACAAUCCAUCACGAAGGAAUAGCAAAAAACUUUCACAUGAUUGCGUCGACUCCUGAAAUGCUAGUUGUGCUUAUUGACGAGAAGAAACCCAAGAUACUGAUCAAGUAUGCGGAGAGCCAGGAGACGACUUAUGUGGUUGACGACUACAACAAAGAUUUCGACUCAGAGACAUUUGUAUUUGCAGCUGGAUCAGUGGCUAUAUUCCGAACAGUAGAUGAAGAUUUUAUAGAGCAGUUUUACGUUCUGGCAGGUUCAGGAGCCACUCCUCUGUACAGUCGCAAAAAGCCAGUCUUCAGGCGCAUGUUCUACUUCAUAUACGACGGGACCAUCUGGGAGAUAUUUGACCAGUUUCAGGAGGGCAUGAUGGUCAUCCAGGACCUGUUCUUUAAUCUUCCAAGCAUGUCUUUCAAGUACGAUACAAGCCAUGACAAGAAGAAGUGGAAGGACUCCAACAUCACCAUGGACUAUAACUGGUGGGCCGUGCAUGACCCCUGUCAGAAUUACAGAUAUGUGGUGAUAUACGGCGUCUAUAACGCCAAGUACGUGAUUGACAUGCUGGAGAGGAAGGUGAUCACAUGGGAUUGUACCGUCACCAUGAGCGACCGUCUGCUAGUAGGGAUUUCACAGGGCAAAAUUUGUAUGCACAUUUACAGUUACGAUGUGCUGUAUUCAAUCUGGAAGGACGAGGUGGUGUAUGAGGAUGGUGUUAGUCGGGUGGACCUUUGA